AUGAUUAAAGUAAAGAGUUCAGGUUAAAAAGAAGUUGAUGCAGCUAAGUACUUCCUUGAAGCUAUUUUAUAAUUAAAAUAUCUUUUCAAUGAAUCUAAAUCAAUCAGUAUUGAAGUUCAAGGUGAAGACAUAUGUGUGGCAACUUGUGUUUUCGAAUUAUUAAAGAAUUAAUUUCCUAAUAAUAAAAAUUCAAUAAAAAUAAGUGGUAGUAUCAAAGACAUACAAGAUUGUGAAGAAAGUGGUUUAACAAUUAGUUUUUAAGUAUUGGAUUUUGGAAAUGAUAUAUAUAAUCCAAUAAUUUAUGUUGAAAAGUAUUUGCAGUAAUUAAUUAAAUAUGAAAAAUUAUAAAAAAAAAAAUAAUAAAGAGAAAAGAGAGUCAAAAUAAAAUAAAUAAUAAUAAUAAUAAUCAUAAUAAUAAUCAUAAUAAUAAGAUAAGGUUUAUUAAUGUAAUUACAAAAUAGAUCAAAAGAAAACUUUUUAGAAUAAAUUAUUAUCUCAAGUUCCAAAUUUUACCUCAUAGAACAAUAUUAUUAAAAUUACAAUCAUCAUAAACAGUAAAAUCAAGAUAUUCAAUAAUGACUCGCUUCUAUUCAGUAGUUACGGUGUACUAUAUUUAAUGGCUAUUAUAUCGAUUUCCUACUUUGAAAAUGCUUGGAUAGCUAUUUGGAUUGUUUAUACUCUAAUUCCUUUUUUGGACGAAUUUUUCUCUUUAGAUAGUCGUAAUCCAACCAAAGAUGAAUAAAUGUAAAUAACCCAAUAGAUUAUUAUUAGGAAACUAGAGUCAGAGAUGAAAUUUAAGCUUCCAUUAUAUGUGUGCGUCAUCUUUGAUUGGAUUAGUCUGGUUUGGAUGAUCAAUUUCCAUUUAAACAAUGAGAUCUAGUUAUUCAAUAAACUAGGUAUAAUCUUAUUUGUGUGGUAAUUUGGCUGCUUCGAAUAUCAAUAUUGAUGAAUUGCUUCAUAAGGAUAAUUUGCUUUACAAGUUAUUGGGAACUGUUAAAUUAGCUAGAAACCUGUACACACACUUUGCAAUAGAACAUCUUCAUGGUCAUCAUAGACAUGUUGCUACUCCUAAAGAUCCAGCAUCCUCAUUGAAAGGAUAAAAAAUAUGGCACUUUUUACAAUAAACCAUAAUCGGUUCAUAUCUAUCAGCUUGGAAUUAUGAAGCUGAUCUUAUGUAAAAGAAAUAUGGAUCAGUUAUUAGAAUCUAAAAUAGAAUGAUAUGGUAAUAAUUAAUUAUAUCAUAGGUAUACAAUUUCUUAUUUUAUUAUUCCAUGUAUUUUUUAUUAUUACUUUGGUUUUUUGGGAUGUGCCUAUUUCUUAGGUACAGUUAAUAAUAGUGUUUUGUAUUUAGAGACCAUAAAUUAUGUCGAACAUUAUGGUUUAAGCAGAAAAGAAAUAGAACCUGGAAAAUAUGAGAAAGUAGAUAUUAGACACAGUUGGAAUGCUCCUCAUAGAUUAUCCACUUAUCUUCUCUUUUAUUUGAAAAGACAUUCAGAUCAUCAUGAAAAUCCAUACAAAUCAUAUUAAACAAUUUGUUUUUAUGAUGAAAGUCCCUAAUUGCCGCAUGGAUAUACUGUUUGUAUAUUAUUGGCAUGGGAUCCAAACUUAUGGUUUGAAAUUAUGGAUUUGUAAUUAAAGAAUUGGGAAUAACAUAAACAAAAUGUCACCUCUGAAUAAGUACAUUAGAAAAUGCUUAAUUUCAUUUUCAAGAUAGGAAUUGUCACCACAACAUUAGCAACUGCUUCAAUUGCAUUAUGA